CUCAGAGAGUGUGUGAGCUUCAGUCGCUACAGCACCCACUGUGGGAGUGCUUCAGUCAGAGGCAGAGCAAGAAUAUGAUGCACUGCAGCCAGAAGAACACGUGCAUGGAACCAGCGCAGAUGAUAUCGGCUAAAGUUUCUCUGCAGCUCAUGUAGUCUGCUGGAGGAGCUUCGGGUUUUAGGUGAUGAGCUUUGAGGGCAUCAUUCUGCUGGAGGCAAGUUCAUGCUCUCAGCGCAAGACAUCAAAAUGGGACUUUGCUGGAUACUCAUAAUCCUCCUGGGUUGCGGAUUGUCUCGGGCCACUGAGAGCACCUGUAACUGCGAAGAUGAACCUGAAAUUCACUAUGUCUCUGCAAACGGCAGCAUCUCUUUCACUGUGCCGUGUCCAAAUGUGACUGGUGAGGACUUGACAUUUGUCCUUCGUAAGGGCAAGGAGGUGAUUUACAACCAUACGUUCACUGGUGAAGAAAAGUCACAAAACCACAAACCACUGCACGGCAGGCUGGACGUGAAGCCAUACAGAGACAAAGAGAACAAAUUUGUUGCUUUCAACGUCACUGAAGCGACAGCUGCAAGCCAUGGAAUCUACAGUUGCAGGGCUAUAAAAGUAUUCCCUCCUCCGUAUAUAACAGAAAUUGCACAGAGGAUCCUCAUAGUGGAUGAAGAGAUCCACUGCCCGAGAAGUGAAAAAAACAACAGUCAAAUUACUACACCAGAACAACAAGAUUUAAGAGAAACCCCAAGCUAUCCAUGGAUUUGGAUCCUGGUGGUCGCAGUUCUCGGCACCUACAGCCUCGCAGUCACCAUCUUCGCCUCGGUCAACUGGAUGAAGCUGAAGAAUACGGAUUCUCAGAGUGACUACAUGAACACCAAACCCAGAGCACACAGAGGCAACAAGAAGAAAAGAGGGGUUCAGAAUCCCAUCCCACGAUACCUCUGAUUCCUCCACCGGAUCAUUUGCACAUCUCUCCUCCCCUCAGUUUGGACACAAACAGACCGGGUGUCAUUUUUAGUAGCUUAUUUUGAACAGGACAUUAUUGAGAGCGAUUUGUUUUGUUGGUGUAUUCUGUCGUCAAUACUGUAGUUGUUUUGUGCCCACGCGGCAAAAGUAGCAGUUCCUUCUACACUUGUGGCUGUAUGAAAUGAAAUGAAAAAGAAAAAAAAAGGCACAUACCUAACAGUUUUGGUUUCUGCUCACCUCCUGUUUCACUCACUCUGCCUUUCUCACACACUCAGACGUGUGAUUAGCAACCCCUGUCUUUGUGGUCGAAAGAGAAGGUGGUGUCUGAUGGAGGGGGGAUUUAACCACAUUUAAAGGGCUCGUAAAUCUAUGUGGUACCCCGGGGAUCCGAGUGACGACAUUUUUAUAAGCAAAUACCUGCUGUUACAGGCCUCUACAAAAAUCUAAAUGUUAUGAUCAUGAUUACCA